AUGGCUCCUACCAACAUCACCAGCUUCCCCGUGGAGAUCCUUGUCCAGAUCACCUCCUAUCUCACCAUGCCUGACUAUGGCGCUUUUCGCCUCUCAUGCCGCCAGAUUGAGGAGUCGGUCUUCAGAUCCUUCGCCCAUAGCUACUUCCGCCAGAUGCAGUUCAUGCGCACCGACUUCAGCCUGCAGGCCCUCAUCGGCAUCUCAAAAUCUCGCUUGUCUCCCUUUGUCAAGCAUGUCUUCAUAGGCACCGAGAUCUUGGACCCGGGCUUGUGUCACAAUCCAGUGCCUGGCGACGUCUAUCCUCGGAGGGGAGGAGGACAGAGAUCUGUCAGCGCCAUGGAGAUCAGGUACAACAUCUACAAUACCAUGUGCGCGAACCAGGUCAUGCUUCUCAGUACCGGCCACGACCAGCAGAUGCUCGCCGAAGCAUUCAGCAACUUGAAAUUAGAGACCGUUGGCAUACGUUCGCACGCCGUCUAUGGUUCCAUCCCUAUCAACCUGCCCAUGAGCUUCGGGACAUCCAAGAUUUUCAAGGAAACCGCAGUCGAAUUGCGAUCAUCCGGAAGCUGGUCUACCCGUGAUGAUACGAAGGCCAAUGCCAGUUGUGUGUUCAGUGUGCUCAACGCGCUUGCCAAAUCAACUUCUCGGCCCAAGAGGUUCGAGACCAUAAUGGGAGGACCCUUGUUGGGUGACGAUGCGUUCAUCAUUCCAAUAUUCAUGGAGAAAGAUGUCUUGCCAGUCAUGGCCAAAUUCGAGUCUUUGGACCUGAAAUUGCACGGGAGUUCAUCUAGGUACAGGCGUAUCAUCUAUCCGAUUGGGAAAACCCCCUAUUCCAUUGACACGUACUAUCUACGCAAGUUCCUCUCCCACUUGACGCAUCUGGAGCGGCUGUGCCUCAAGUUCUCCUACAAUUAUGACGGCUUCUUCAACUGGCUAGGGUCUCAACCUUCGAACGAGGUUUACAAGGGUCCUUCCGGAUUCGAACCCCCUAGCUCCCCAGCAUUCACGUGCUUGCGCGAGAUCGAUUUGACCAAGUGCAAGAUUCCCAUUCAUGACAUGUUGAACAUGAUUCGCAAAUUCUCCAAGACGCUACGGAAGCUGAGUCUUCAUGAUAUGACCUUGACUGAAGACAGCUUGCCUCAUGAUUACGACCAAGACGUCGACGACGACGACGAGCCGAAAACUAAUCUAUGGGCUCAGUUCGUUUCGCAGCUUGCGCGCAUCGACUGUGAACUCAACGAAGUCUCCUUCCGCGAUCCCGCCCAGCCAACCGGCCAUCGCUUACGCUACCUGCGGUUCGGUGACGACAUCUCAAGCUCGCCACACUUCACUUAUGCCGGUCCUUUCGUGCGGGAAAGGCUGGAGACGCUGAGCUCCAAUAUCCGAUUUUCCCCUGUGUGCAAUUGCCAUCGGCACAGAGUUCCCAACGACGAGCUCACCGAGAGCGAGAUCGCUUCCGACGAAAUGGAUGAUUCGCUUGACGAAACCGACGGCGACUUUGACGAUAUGGACGAAUACGAUGACUACGACGAGGAUUACGGGUACCACCCCGGCUUCGAUCCCUUUUAUGAUGAAGUGGAUGAAGUGGAUGAGGAGUUGGCGGCUGAGAUGCAGGAGCGGGAGAUGUUCCUCGCAGCUUUGCUUCAAGGAGCUGGAGGCUGA